AUGGAUGUCUCCAAGCCUAAAGCGAUCAGCAAGGUUGCUACACGGGCCAUGGCGCCCGGCACCCCCCACAAGGGCCCGCCCAAAUUCAAACAGAGGUCUACACGCCAGUUCAAGAGCAAGCCACCCAAAAAGGGUGUCAUUGGAUUUGGUGAAGAUAUUCCUGGAAUGGAGGGAUUGGGAACUGACUUUAAUGUGAUCUGUCCGUGGGAGGCGUACAGUCACCUGGAGUUACACGAGCUGGCCCAGUAUGGCAUUAUAUGAGGUCACUUCCUGUUCCCCACUGAACAACAUCCUGCACCUUAAUAUGCCAUUUAAAUAUGAAUAUUCAUACAGAAAUAUCUUUGGUUGAUGUUUGGUCAGUGAUGUAUGACAGCAGUCAUAAAUCAGCAAUAAUGAACUGGAUGUUAGUUGAUCUACCUCUUCAAAUUUCCUGUAGAAUUAGACUGAAUUUGCUCUGUCGCCGAUGCUAAUAUCAUAUAACCUUUUCUUACUCUGGUUUUACUUUAUUACUGCACGUG